CCGCCGCUGCCGCCGCCAUUGGUUGGACUCCAGACAGCUGAUCCUGGCGGCAGGGCUAGGGAGCUUCGAGGAUGGCGGCGUCCGCGGCGCUGAUUCUGCGGGAGAGCCCCAGCAUGAAAAAAGCAGUGUCGCUGAUAAAUGAAAUAGAUAUAGGAAGAUUUCCACGAUUGCUCACCCGAAUUCUUCAAAAACUUCACCUGAAGGCUGAGAAUAGUUUCAGUGAAGAAGAGGAAGAAAAACUUCAAGCUGCAUUUUCUCUGGAGAGACAAGAUCUUCACCUAGUUCUUGAAACAAUAUCUUUUAUUUUAGAACAGGCAGUAUAUUACAACGUGAAGCCAGCAGCUUUGCAGCAGCAGUUAGAGAACAUUCAUCUUAGACAAGACAAAGCAGAAGCAUUUGUCAGUGCUUGGUCUUCUAUGGGUCAAGAAACAAUUGAAAAAUUCAGGCAGAGGAUUCUUGCACCCCACAAGCUGGAGACGGUUGGAUGGCAGCUUAACCUUCAGAUGGCUCACUCUGCCCAAGCAAAACUAAAAUCUCCUCAAGCUGUGUUACAGCUAGGAGUGAGCAAUGAGGAUUCGAAGAGCCUGAAGAAAGUUCUUGUGGAAUUCAGUCACAAGGAAUUGUUUGAUUUCUAUAACAAGCUAGAGACCAUACAAGCACAGCUGGAUUCCCUUACAUGAUGUUCUCAAAGACUGGUUUCCCUAUCACACUCCUGCCACCUCAUUGUUUUGCAUUGAAGAUAAACUGCCAGGUUGUGUUUUCUGAAGGAUUCAUUAGCUUUCUUCAUGUAAAUUAUACGGUUUAUUGCUUCUUAUACAAUAACAGCCAAGGAAGAUCAUUGUUUUGAGUACUGGAGUUCUAUACAUUCUCCAGUUCUGUGAGCCAACAGCAAGCAAUUGUUAAGAACAUUUUUGUUUUAAGGGGAACAAAAGUGAAUAUCAUAUUGUUUUUACUGUCCUAUUUUUGCUUUAUUGCCUGACCUGUUUAUUUUUUACAUACUUGAUGAUACUUCUAUGUAUCAAGAAGGGUCCAUGGAUACAAAGUGUAAUAUGUACCUUAGAACACAGAACUUCUUUAAUUACAUUAAUAAAAAUAAGAAAGUAGCCACAGUCAAUUAAAUACAUUAUGGCAUUUGUUUCCUUUAAUAUAAUGAGUGUAUUUUGCUUGGGAAAUAAUAUAGGAAAGAAAUUUUAAAUAGAGCUAGUACUAGUACAUCAGCCAACUCCAGUAUGAGCAUCUCUGUGCACUUUCAUUUUUUCUCUGAGUUUAAUGAUUUAAUAACAGUUCAGGUUUUUGUGUGCUUUUUUUUGUACUGAAAAUUAAUAAUGAUUCAUUUCAAGGUGUGGGAGACAGAUUCAGAUCAUGAAUAAAAAUAGUUGUAAUGAGUGCUAAAGGAUUAUCCUUAAAAUUUUAAAACAGAAUGUAAAACAAAUUUUAUGUUCUCUUUUUGUAAAUAUGUUAAUUUCAGCCAAGAAGAUUUUUAUGUCUUAGAAUUAGUUGAACUGAAGUGCACAAUAUUUUAUGCUAUGGAUCUAUAUAAAUGGGAGUAUGGUUGCCUACAGAAAAUAAUUUCAGUUGAAUUUUUAUGAAUGAAAUGUCUGCACUAUAUUAUUUCCAGCGAGAAAGACAGAGUGAGGGAGGAAAGGAGAGAAAGGGAGAGGGGAGGGGGGGAGAAAAUGAGAGAGAGAGAACAGAGAGACAAAGAGAGAUUCAAAUAUGACUUCACGUGAAAGAAUUUGAUUUCAGAAAUAUCCUAUAGUUAAACAGAACCACUGGAUUUAAAUCACAUUCUUUAUAUGAGGUAUCUGAGUAAUAUGAAUGUUAAAUGUCUCCCAAAUAAAUGUUUAGUAUAUGGAAUUUAUGCCCUUACUUAUUUAUAUGUGUGCUUUUAUGUUGUUGCUUAGAAGGAUUAGGUGUUUGGAUUAUUUCAGAAUGUAAGUAUUAUAGUGGCUGUCCAUACUUGGUUGAUUUGAAAAGUUUUUAAACUCAAACUUCCAUUGAUAGGAUAUCUAGAAGACGUGUUUAUAGUAUAAUGGGAUUUGUUUCCAUAUGUAGCUUGUGGGAUCUAUCAUAUUUUUAUGCUCUGUUCUGCUGGUCCCCAGAGGAAAGUACCUGACUACUGUAAAUAUUUUGGUAAAUAUUCUUUCAGACUUCUUAUCUACAAAUAAACAUACAUCAUUUCAAGUUGAAUUUGUUGGGCCUUCCCAACAGUGACCAUAUGAAUAGGUAGAAGUUUUCAUUGGUUUGAUGCCAACUUAACUCCCAGUGUACCUAUCUAAGUUAAAUGUGACACUUCAUAAUGAAAUUUCCUAUUUGUAGCUUAAAAUAGUGGUAAAUAGUUUUCUCUCCAUCAGUCUAGUUCAGGAAAGUCUGACCAAAGGCAUUGAAGGAAGGACAAGUAAGUAGUAGGUCUAAUUCUAACUAAGAACAUAAUUAUUCCUGAAAUAUAUUUAAUUCCAGAUAAUUUUAUUUCUUAAGCUACCACCAUUGUUAUGAUACACAAGUAAAAGAAGAUAUCAUUCCCAAAGAUUAUUAAGGUGUGUGUUACAUUUUCAUAGAAAUAAGGUGGGUGGAGCCAUAAGUGGGAACUGAAACCUGCUGUCUUAGCAAAUAAACAUGUUUUGUAUGAGUGCUUGUCAUGAGGAUUGAAUAAAAAUAUAAAUUACUUGUUAGAAAGGAGGACUACAAAUAAUAUUUGCAAUUCUCCAAUUAUUAAAUAUGAUUAUUUUUAAGUAGGAAACACCAAAAAAAUCAUAAAGGAGUAACCUAAAAUCAUAGACUCUCAACAUCCAGAAACAGCCGUUAAUGACAUUUUGGUAGAUUUUAUUGAAGGUUUUUUUGUUUUUUUUCCUAUUCAUAUAUCUUUCUCUCCUAUCUUUAAGUAGUCCUUCAUUUGAAUGAGUUACACUUUAUUUAUUCAAUCUGUUGUUGGACAUUUAGACUAUUUCCAGUUUUUUAAAAUACUAAAGAACUCAACUGGUAAAGAUCAUUAUAAAUAAACCCUAAACCACAUUUCUCAUUACUUUAUUAAUAUAGGUUCCCAGAAGUAGGAUUAUUAUGCCAAAAGUAUGAAGAUUUAUUUUCUGUUUUUACUUUUUUUUUUUUUUUGCGGUACGCGGACCUCUCACUGCUGUGACCUCUCCCGUUGCAGAGCGCAGGCUCCGGGCGCGCAGGCUCAGCGGCCAUGGCUCACGGGCCUGGCCGCUCCGCGGCAUCUGGGAUCUUCCCAGACUGGGGCACGAACCCGUGUCCCUUGCAUCGGCAGGCAGACGCUCAACCACUGCGCCACCAGGGAAGCCCUCUGUUUUUACUUUUAAUGGGAUUUUAUUAUAAAUAUAAAAUUGCCUAUAUUUUUUAAAAAGUGUUUUUUAAAAAGUCUAUUUUGCUCUCUUACUCCCUAGAAAUACCUACCUAACUAGUUAGAAACAUUUGGUUUAUAUCUUUUCAGAUAUCUCAUGUAAAUUCAAACACACACACACCCCUCUUUGUAUAUGUUUUUAUUUAUUUACAUUUAUUUUUUAUUUUGGUUGCGCUGGGUCUUAGUUGGGGCAGGCAGGCUGCUCCUUAGUUGCAGCACAUGGCCUCCUUAGUUGUGGCUGGUGGGCUCCUUAGUUGUGGCAUGUGAGCUCCUUAGUUGUAGCAUGCGAGCUCUUAGUUGCGGCAUGCACGUGGGAUCUAGAUCCCUGACCAGGGAUUGAACCCAGGCCCCCUGCAUUGGGGGUGCAGAGUCUUAACCACUGUGCCACCAGGGCAGUCCCUAUUUACAUUUAUUUUUAAGGCCAUUUUUGCAUAUUGAUAAAUUGUUUUCUCAAAGGUUCAUAACAGUUUAUACUCUUACCAACAAUAAAUGAGAACUCACCUGCCUCAAGCCAGCUUCAUCACCCUCUUCCUCCUACUGUACAUUUUAUUCUCAACAUUUUUUAAAAUCUAGGAAUGGGUUUGGGAAGAGUGUGGAGUGAGAGUGGGUUGGAGAUUGAAGCAUCACUAAUUACUUGGGAUAUGUUAUGUUGAUAAUUCCAGAGGGAUAGAAGAGAAAAAUUUCUUCUAAAAUCAGCAAAUGUGAAAAACAGUUGCACAGUGUUUAAGCAUAAAAGCACUGAAGUCAGACAUUUACUUCCUCAACAAAUAUUCAGUAACUGCCUAUAGUGCCAGGAACUGUGUGUAUGCUAGACAUUAUGUUAACAGUGAUGAGCAAAAUUAAUAUAGUUCUUGGCGUCUUGAAGUGUAAUGUGUUAGUCAGUUAAAAAACAAGCAAAAUGUAACAACCUAAUUGGGAAAAGAAUUUGAAAAAAGAAUAGAUACAUGUACAUGUAUAACUGAAUCACUUUGUUGUACACCCGAAACUAAUACAACAUUGUUAAUCAACUGUACUCCAAUGUAAAAUGAAAAGUUAGGGGCUUCCCUGGUGGCAGAGUGGUUAAGAAUCUGCCUGCCAAUGCAGGGGACACGGGUUCAAGCCCUGGUCCGGGAAGAUCCCACAUGCCACGGAGCAACUAAGCCCGUGCGCCACAACUAUUGAGCCUGCGCUCUAAGAGCCUGCGAGCCACAACUGCUGAGCCCGCAUGCCACAACUACUGAAGCCUGCGUGCCUAGAGCCCGUGCUCUGCAACAAGAGAAGCCACCGCAAUGAGAGGCCCGCGCACCACAACAAAGAGUAGCCCCCGCUCGCCGCAACUAGAGAAAGCCCGUGCGCAGCAACAAGGACCCAACACAGCCAAAAGUAAAUAAAAUAAAGUUUUAAAAAAAUGAAAAGUUAAAAAAAACAAGCAAAAUAUAAUAAAUUGUGAAUAAGUAUGGGAUGAAAAAUAAUUGGAUUCUCUUAAGAGAAAAUAAAAGAUAGGAUGAAACUUAGAUGGUGCAUCAAGGAAAGACUCUCUGAGGAAGUGAGAUUUGGGCUGAGUCCUGUAAGAUGAGUUAGAAUGAGGCAAUAGCAGAAUACAGUGAAAAGCAUUCGAGAUAGAGAGAAUGGCCAAUGCAGAAUCUCAGAGACUGGAAAAGGCUUAGCGCGUUUCAGGAAUCAAAGAUCAGUGUGGCUAGAGUGUCGUGAACAAGGGAAUAGUGGAGUGCUUUUCAAUUAGAGAGGUAGCCUGUCACUUCUACCACCUAAAUAUCUUGCAAAUAUAUCUCUAGGAUACUAUCUUUUCCAAGCUACCAUCAUCUUUGCCCUGGACUACCUUGCUUCCUCUAGCCCCCCUUCAGUCCAGUCUCCACACACAGCUAAUAUUUUUAAAACAGUAAUCAUAUUAAUUACACUACCUCCCUGCUUUAAACCCUUCAAAGACUUCCCAUUACUCUUCAAAUAAAAUUUAAGUGUCUGGACCCUCAGGAAAGACUAAGAGUCAUAAACUAGUUCUGCUGCUUUUUGUGUUGCUUAAUUCACUAAAGUUCAGUUUCCUCAUCUUUGUGGUGGGAAUAAUAAUAAUCUAAAUUACAUGGGAGUGUUAUGAAGAUUAAAUGAGGUCAUUCAUGUUAAACGUUUAGCAUAAUUCCUGAUUUGCAAUAAUCUUGUAAGUGUCAGCUGUCAUUUUCAUAAUCACUAAGAAAAUGACCAGGCUUUCUGUUGAAAUUAUUCGAGGUAAGGUUUGAAUUGAACUAAAAUCGGAGAAAGCUUGCUAUGAAGCCCCUUCACUUUGAAUUUAGUUAGAGUUCCAAUAACAGCUCUAUUUUAUGAUAAAUAAAUUUGAGCAUAAUGCUCAUCUAUCCCAUUCUUAAUUUUUCAUUAACAAGGUAAUAGGUGUAUUAUGGGAUAGGACCAGAAUCAGAAAUGCAUUUUUUCUAUGACUGUGUUUCUACAAAGCUCCUCUGGCUCUGAGGAUUCUUUUUCUCUAACUCUAUUCAAUUAAUUUUUAUCUUUUCUUACCUUAAACGAUGGCUUCUGCACCUUAUUUAUUAUGCCAGGGGUCUGUAAACUAUGUCCUGUGGGCCUAAUCCAGCCCACCAGUUGUUUUCAUAAAGUUUUAUUGGAACACAGCUCUGCUGGAGAGACUCCCAAUCAUCUGUCAAAGGUAAUGGAAUGUCACUCCCGUGACUUACAUUAUGUGAAAUUCUGUCAUGCUACCAAAGUCACUCUAGAGACUUUCUCCCCUCUUGGCUUUGAAGAAGCAAGCUGCCAUGUUGUAAGAGGGCCUGUGGACAGAACCACAAGACAAGGAACUACGGGUGGCCUGUAGGUGCUGAGGGCAACCAGUAGCCACCAGGAAGCUGAGGCCCUAAGCACUCUGCCCUACAGCCACAAGGAAAUAGAUCUGCAAACAACUUGUGUGAGUUUGGAAGUGGAUUCUUUCCCAGUCAAGCCUCCAGAAGAGAACACACUCCAACUGACUGUGACUGCAGCCUUGUGAGAUCCUAUGUGAAGACCCAGACUCCUGACCCAUGGUAAUUGUGAGAUAAUAAAUGUGUGUUGAUUUGAA